AAGCCGCCGCGCUCCAGCCGUCCUUUUCAGUCUUGUCUUCUCCUGAGCAGAUUCAACCACGUGCAUGUACUAGUCGAACAGUUUAUCGUCUUCAAACAUCCAGAUUCCAGUGUUUCAUUGAAACACACAACACAAGUCACCAUGGUGAAGUUAGCUAAGGCUGCAAAUAAACAGGCUCAGAAGAAAGCCCCUCCACCUAAACAGGUAGAGGAAGAGGAGGACUCUAGUGAAGAAGAAAGCAGUGAAGAGGAAGAGACGCCACCAGCAAAGGUUGCAAAGAAAGCGACCCCAGCAAAGAAGGCACCGGCUGCCAAGAACGGCGUCAAUGCUAAAAAGGCACAAAGUGAUGAUGAUGAUGAUUCAGAAGAGUCAUCUGAGGAAGAGGCUCCUCCCCCUAAGAAGAAACCUGCAAAAUCCACACCUGCAAAAGCUAAAACACCUAACUCAAAGCCAGCUAAGGCAACCCCUGCAAAGGCAGAGGAGUCAUCAGAAGAAGAAGAUGAUGAUGAUGAGUCAGAAGAAGAAGCCCCGCCUCCCAAGAAGGGUGCCAAAAAGCCAACAAAGCCCACCAAGGGUCCUGCAAAGCCCCCAGUAAAGGCCAAACCUGCAGAAGAGUCUUCUGAUGAGGAUGAUUCUGAAGAAGAGGCUCCACCCCCUAAGAAGGCGACUCCUGCCAAGGCGGCUGCCAAGCCUGCAGCCAAGGCUGCUGCUGCUGAAGAGGAGGAGGAUGAUGAUGACGACGAUGAUUCAGAGCAAGAGGCUCCACCAGCGAAGAAGACUCCAUCAGCUAAACCAUCGGCAAAGGCAGCGGCUAAAGCACAGCCUGCUGAAGAGUCCUCUGAGGAAGACGAUGAUGACGAAGAUGACUCCGAAGAAGAGAUGGACACCACUCCAGCUCCUAAGGCCGCAAAGGCAAAGAAAGCCGGAAUGGUCAAGGCAAAGGAGGAGUCAGAAGAGGAGGAUGACGAUGAGGAAGAUGAGGACGAGGAGGAUGAUGAAGAGGAAGCUCCAGUAAAACCUGCAAAGAGAAAAGCAGAAGGCAAAAAGGAGGCGCAGCCUGCCAAGAAAGCAAAGUCAGAUGAAGGAUUCAGUUUAUUUGUUGGAAACUUAAACAGUGACAAAGAUUUUGAAGAGAUCAAGGAUGGGCUAAGGAAAUUCUUCACAAAAAACAAUGUCGAGGUCACUGAUGUUCGGCUUGGGUCAUCAAAGAAAUUCGGCUAUGUCGACUGCGCAAGUGAGGAAGAUCUCAACAAAGCGCUUGAGCUCAACGGCAAGAAAGUGAUGGGUCAGGAGGUGAAACUGGAUAAGGCCCGUAGCAAAGAAACCUCUCAGGAGGGAAAGAAAGAGAGGGAUGCCCGCACACUGUUUGUGAAAAACCUUCCUUACUCUGUAACAACUGAUGAGCUGAGAGAGUUUUUUGAAAGUGCAGUUGACAUCAGGUUACCUCAAGGCCAGGGCGGCUCAAGCAGGGGAAUUGCCUAUAUCGAGUUUAAGACUGAGGCUGAAGCAGAAAAGAUGCUGGAAGAGGCCCAGGGUGCUGAUCUCCAGGGGAGGUCCAUAAUGGUCGACUAUGUCGGCGACAAGAGCCAGAAAGGAGCAAGGAUGUCUUCUUCAGGAGCUCCCAGCAAAACAUUAGUGGUCAAUAACCUUUCCUUCAGUGCCACUGAGGAAGUGCUGCAAUCCGUUUUUGAGAAAUCCGUCUCUAUAAGGAUUCCCCAACGAGAUGGAAGACCUAAAGGCUUUGCUUUUGUAGAAUUUGAGAGUGCGGAUGAUGCCAAGGACGCGUUGGAAAACCUGAACCACACAGAAAUAGAAGGUCGUUCAGUCCGCCUGGAGUUCAGUCAGAACAGCGGUGGAAGAGAUGGAGGCAGAGGAAACUCUGGUCCAACAAAAACUCUUUUUGUCAAGGGUCUUUCUGAGGACACAACGGAUCAGACUCUGAAGGAUUCCUUUGAAUCGGCCGUGGCAGCCAGAAUAGUUACAGACAGAGACACCGGUUCAUCAAAGGGUUUUGGUUUCGUGGACUUUCAUAAUGAAGACGAUUGCAAGGCGGCAAAGGAAGCCAUGGACGACGGUGAAAUCGAUGGCAGCAAAGUGACCCUGGACUACGCCAAGCCAAGGGGUGAAGGAGGCUUCAGAGGAGGUAGAGGUGGCGGCGGCGGAGGACGUGGAGGUUUCCGCGGAGGCCGUGGUGGGUUUGGCGGACGCGGUGGAGGCAGAGGAGGAGGAGGAAGGGGUGGACGCGGAGGCUUCCGUGGUGGUUUUGGAGGUGGAAGAGGCAGCGGUGGAUUUGGAGGCAAGCCCCAGGGGAAGAAAAUCAAGUUUGAUGACUAGAUGCGGGGCUUAAAUUUUUUUGUUUUGCAAUGGACUCUGGCUUCAUCAGUUUUCAGAGCCUUUGGACAUUCCAGAAAUCGUCAGUGAUAUUUAACUAGAAUGGGGCAUUUUAAGCCCUUUUAUCUCAACCUCCCUCACCUGCUAUGCCCUCCUGUGCCAGAAUGGUACUACAGACCUUUUCAGCAUAUGUGCUACAUGUGAGAACUGAAAGUCCCAAAUGCAGACCUGCACCCCUUUCCUCCUAAGGGUUUUCAGAAGGAGUAAAAUGGAAUAUCUCAGAAGCGGGCUUAUGUUAAAAAGCUCGUUUUGUGAGAUAUAUUGUGUAAAUUUAAACAGUUAGUAUGUUUUCAUUUUACCUUUUUUGUAAAAAAAAAAAAAAGAAUUUACACCUGUAUCCAUUUUUAUUUUGUUUUAAGUUUUCUUUAGUUGAAUUUAAAUAUGAAAUUAUUCAUGUUUUCAUGGUUCAUGUCCCGGUUAAUAGAUGGGGAUUAGUCGCUGAGCAGGGUCUGUGGAUGCUCUGCCGCUGUUUCUAAGCGUUGUCUGACCUAAUUCUGUUUCCCCAUCUUAAGAUUUUCACUUGAUAAAAAUAAACCUUUCAGGGCCUAACUUUUUUUUUUUUUAUUGUGUGAAAAUAACUGUCUGGCUUGAGCUGUUCAAUCGUUAAAUGGGUUGUUUACAGAAAUUAAAGAAAGUAAACAUGUUUUUAAAA